AUGACGAUUGCUGAGGUGUUGGAUAAGUUUUUGCAGCAAAAGGCUGCACUUACCACGGCCAUUCUGCAGGCUGAUGAUAAACUAACUGAAAAUGAAAGGAGGAUUUGUGAGGAGAGAGAGAGGACAGUUCUUCUGGAACAAGAAAUUAAGGCCCAGGAAGAGAGGCAACAUCAGCUGGAGGAGAAGAUGGAGAUCGAACAACAGAAUAAUGAAGAAAGACUGAGACAGGUCAUACAGAAGAUGGAAGACGAGAUGUUCCUCCAACAACAGGAGACAAAGCUUGCAAUGGAGAGUAAGCUAAGAGACCAGACUGUCCUGGUGGAGAAGGGCUUUCAAGAGAAAGCUAAUAGUAUGGCUCAGGAGAUAGAAGAGUUGAAGAGGAAGAAUGUUGAGGUAGAGAAGAGAACGUCAAGAAGUUAUGCACAGAUGAUAGCAGAUCAGGAGCGAAGAAACGCACAGAACAUGGAGGUGCUGAGGCAGCAGGACCAGCAGCAAAUGCAUGCGAUUAAUAGCAGACCUAGACCUAGAUCUGGAUGUUGUAUACAGUAAAAUGUGUUUAAACGUUUUUGAAUUCAUAAUUAACAGUCAUACUUAAUUUCAAGGAAUGGCUAUUAUGUUUGACAACAUAUACAAACAAUGACUAUCGCCUGUUUCAGGUACUGCCAAUUGUGUGAAUGCAACAGGAUAAUGUGUGGUAGCUGAUUCAACAGAACAAAAAAAUUAGGCAGGUUUGGAACAACAGAGCCCAAAAUGUGCACUGCUUGGACUAUUUCAAGAUAAUAAAAUAUAAAUACAUCCAAUAA